AUGUCCCAUCCAACUCCCCAACUCACACUCUUCGUCACCUUCCACGUCCAACCCUCCAAGAUAGAAGCAUGGAAAGAAGCCCACAGACCCGUGUGGGCCGCCUGUGCCGCAGAACCGGAAUGCAUACUCUUCGACGUGUUCCACGAUCCCGCGAAGCCAGGUGUGUUCCGACUUGUCGAAGUGUGGAGUGAGAGUCGGGAGUGGUUUGAGACCAAGCAAUUGACUAAGCCUUACUAUGACACGCUGUGGGAGAAGUCGAAGCCGACGUGGGAGAAGGAGGUGGAGAUUGAGUACUUUGAGAGACUAGGGGAGGGCGGGAGCUACAAAGGCAGCUAUUUGGAAGGUAUGAAGCGGAUGGCAUAG